AUGCCUUCUGAUCCUAAAUCGAAAUCGGGCUCAAACUCCAAAACAUCUUCAUCCUCGAAGAAGCCUUCAUCUUCGUCAUCCUCAUCACACAGUAGGAACUUAUCAACGUCUUCCUCUUCCUCUUCCCGUUCGAGCUCAUCAGAAUCACGAGAUGAUAAACUCACCUCUUCAUACCUCAAAUCGCACGCAGGUUUCCUCCGACCCCUCAUCCUUUUCCUCUCAACAACUACCAUCCUAUCUCCCACUAUCAUCUCGCUCAUCCUACUAAUCAUCCUCGCAUUCCUCCAUCUAUACCUACCGCUCUUCCUUAUACCCCAUCUCUCAGCGCCAAUCACCUUGCUGAUACCUAUCCAAAAUACCAUUCACUGUAUCGUUGCAGAGAAUGGCAAGAAGAAAUCUGACGGUGCGCAAUGGUGUUUGUAUUGGAUCAUAUACUGUCUAACAGGUUGGAUAAGGGGAGCAGUGCAGAUUUGGUGGCCUGGAUACAGGGGGAUGGUGGAGAUUGGUAGGACAUCGGUGUUGGUGCUAAUGGGUGGACCGUGGUUCGGAAGAAUGGGAUUGAGACCUGAGAGUACUGAGGAUAGACCUAGUGGUAGUAGCUCUGAGAAGAGGAGUAGGAGUGGUAGUAGUGGUCGAUCUGGUAGCAGCAAGGACGAGAAGAGAAAGAAUGACGAUUCCAAACGUAGCAAAUGA